AUUUUCUUCUGAAAGGAAGGGUAAGAAAACCAUGAUCGGCCAGAAUGGCUGGCUUGAAAUCACAGAGCGCUCUAGUUGUAAUAGCAACAAGCAAACGCCACAAAAGAAGAUGAGUAUUUUAGAUGGCAUCAGAAAAAUUGCCAAAGAUAUAACUGAGGUUCACCAAAGCCAACGAAUGCAGCCUGUUGCAAAAGGAUCAAUGGAGCUACAUGGGGCUGUUUCACUUGACCCUCGAGAGCAGAGUCUUUUAUAUUGCGAACUGGAAUUCCAUCUUACAACGGCUUUAAAUGAAUAUAUUAGCAACGAGCUUGAGAAAGGCCAUCUCUCUCCUGACAACCUGAAGAAAAUCUCAGAUGCGUGGCGCCAAAGGGGCUAUCCUAGAGUAGUAGGGUUCAGAUACGAUUUAGAGACACAGCUUGAUCUCGUCAGUCUUCAUAUCAACGAGUUUAGCUUCCAUGGCCGUCGACAAGGUAACGCUGCUGAGAUCAACCGUUUGCUGAACGAGAUGAAAAUGAAUGCGCGCAACAUGCGUGUGCGGACAUAUUGUCAAUUGGACUCGACUAUUGCCAAACACCUAAUUGACUCGCAGUCACUGUUUAACUUGAUUAACGCAUCAGCAAGUCAGCAAACCGCCCUUGCAGAAAUCGCACAAUUCUAUAAGCUGGUCAUGAACUAAUUAGCUGAUAAAAUAAUGUAUAAUGUUAUACAUUGUUUAUGAGUUCAAAUACAGAAUAUGGAGCAUAUGGUACUAGUAUAUGGAGUAAGUAUAUCAUUGGCAAAUGCAGCUGUGCAUGUCAGAUGUAU